AUGGAAUGCUGGAAUGCGGUUGAUGCAGCUUGGCUGUCGAUUAUCACCCUUUUGGUUGCAUUGCAGGUGGGCAAUUUAAUACUAGCUUAAUACUUACUCUAUUCUAAUAACUAGCCAAGUUAUUAACGACGAUAAAUUCAUUUCCGUUUCAAGAAGCGUGCGGCCAUAUCGACGAUAUUGGAAAUAGUCUCUUGGGAGAAGUGAAAUAGCUGAAACUUUAGUAUUGUCACGCGAAAAUUUUGCUUACAUUCCUCACGGCAAAUAUGCAUUGUAAUAUUGCUAACUUCAGCCUGUGGGCUGACCCAACAAGAAAGUUUAGAGGUUAGACAUUUUGCACUUGAGAAUUAGCAUUGUUGUGGUUGAGGUUCGCUGACACAUCAUUUGUCAUUGCUGUUUUAACCACAUGGAAAUUAGAUUCGAUGCGUUUGGAAAUCGUUAGACAAUGCAACGGAAGACGUAAGUGUAAAGCGGCCAAAUGAAACUUCCGGAUUUUCGUUGCCGAUAAUAACUUGAUAUAAGCGCAGAUCUUAUAAUGCUUGAGUAGUCUUACGCUAAAGACCUCACUAAUAGAUUUUUAAAACGUUGAAUCAACAGAAAAGUAAUGUUUUGAUGCCUUUUGACAUUGUGGUAAACUUUGGAAUUUAAACUUCCAGAACUUAAACUUCAGUCCACUAGUUCAACACUUCAGUUACUCUGAAAACAUUUUCUCAAACUUGGCUUGCUAUUGUGAUUAAAUUUCUCUUGUGGAACUAAACUCCUCUGUAUUAGGCACUAAAGUUUUCUUGGCUCCUCUAAAUGGAUCACAGAGGAAAAACCGGCUAUUCUUUCAACUGAACUAUUAAGAAUUUAAAUAAUACUCAACCUAUAUUUUUCAAGGUAGUAAUUUUGAUCAAAUGAUCAUUUUUAAUUCUUUUACAGGGAUUCAGCUUUGCAAUUUAUCAGGCUGGUGCCAGACCAUGUCAUUCAUCAAAUCUACAUGUACUCUUUGUUUAUGCUGUCAUCAACUUCACUGUUGGCUCCAUACUGUGGUAUUUUGUUGGCUAUUCUCUCUCUUUUGGUCCCUCACAAAAUGUAAGGCUUUGCUGAAACCCCUUAACCAACUUCCUGUCUAUUCUAUAUCACAAAUAUCACAAGGAAGCAUCAAUUUUUCUGCAUUUCACAGUCGGAAAUUUUUCUUAAAAUCUCAAAACAGUUCUUAUUUUGUUUUGAAAGUUUCACCUUUCAGCAUUUUAAGUGUCCUGGAAAUAAGUACUGAGAAAACAACUUUUAGGCUUACUGAUAUUAAGUAUUACCAUCCAGUAUUCUGAGAAAAGACCACUGUUAGGUCAUUAGGUGGAAAGUAUCUAGACCUGAUUGUUUUUGGACUAGAGCUGAGUAUUAUGGUUUUAUGAAAACAUUGAGGAAACUCAGGGUUCAGUCCAAUUAAAGCAGUAAGUCACUUUGAAUUUCCCUUAACUGUCUAUUAUAGAUCUCAUUAGUUGAUGAUUUUAUAUAUUGCCGGAAAUUUUAAUAUUCCAAAUAUGUAUAUGAAAGGCCUAUUCCUAUCAUCCAAAGUAGAAAAUGAAGAACAGCUGAUAUAACCCUCUUAGUUUCAUAUUCUUAUUUCUGAAAGCUCCAUUGAGAUGAGGGAAAGUUUGGGUAGCAUGCUUUCUUUCCCCAUCCACUUCUUUUGAAGAAGUAAAAUCAUGAGAGACCUCUGGGGCUCAGAUUUGACAUGUUUGGUAGAGAGGGACAGGGUAUAGACUAAUUUAUAUGGCAAUCAUGGAGGCAAUUCUCAACUGGGAACUGCGAGUCCUUCUUCUACUUUUGAUACAAAAAAAUAGUCAGCUCAAAAGUCAGUUGGCCCAUUUUGCUGCUUAGCAGCUUAUACUAGUUUCAGUAAUCUGUGCUGUAGGAAGAAUUGGUAUGGUUACUUUCCUCCUGAAUGAAAUGCUAACUUAGGGGUAUUCCUCACCCUCCCCUACAGAGUAUCUCAGUUUUCAUUCAUACUCUUUAAUGGAGACGGAAACUUAAAGGGUUGGCCUUAGCCUGUAUACAGAUGUCUCCUACCCUCGCAAAAAAAUAAAAAAGGGAAGUUGCUCUCCAAGAUUUAAUUCUUAGGGAAGGAGGCAGUUGCAUAUGGGUUAGGGUUGCUUAGGAACAUAAUGAAACAACUAGCCAGGGCUUAAAUGCUGACCUUCUUCCCUUAAGUGGAACAUUUUAGUUGCCAUGCCACAGUAUCUUUUCUUCUUCUUUACUGUUCAAAUAAUUUUGCAUAUUUGUUUUUCUAAAAAUGAUCUUAUGUGGGUUGAUGAGGUCUGAAACAAAUAAAUUAUAGCCUGGAUUAUACCAGUUACUGCUAAAGAGGGUUUAUUAUGCCCUGAUUGAGAUGGCAGAUUUGAAUACAAAACCUGGCGUAUGUUUUGUUCUUAUUUAAGCUGUACAGGCCAACCACACCUCAAUUUACUUAAUUACAGUGUUUUCUGCCGUUUUUCUUAAAAUUCUGGUCCUUUUUUCCUUUUUCAGGGCUUAAUUGGAAGCCUUGAUGAUGCAUUCUUUUUGGGUGUGUCUGGUUCCAAGUGUUCUGUUCAUGCUGACUCUGUGCCAGGAAUUCUUUUCGCAAGUUUUGAAAUGAUGCUGGCUGUCAUUGCUCCACUUAUGCUUUUAUCUACUUGGUGAGGGAAAGUUUUCAGUUAUCAAUUUAGCUUGCUUAGUUAGGUGUACUUAUUAAAUUAUAAUUAUGUUAUGCUGUUUUAAGUGUCAUUUGUAACUUUUUUUAGGGUAGAUCAAAUGAACAUUCUUGGAGCAUUGGUAAGAUGUCACUUCUCAGUGAUUAUAAGUUAUGACGUGUUUUUCAAAAGAGAUUGUGUGACAGCGUUUGUAUUAUUCCUACCAUUAAUACUAUUACUAUCAUUAUUGUUAUUAUUAUUCUUAUUAUUAUCAUUAUUAUUAUUGUUAAGUCUGGUUGUAAAUUCAAUCAUGUUGUUGGUUCCUUUUGCCAUGUAAUAGUUGAUUAUCGAGUCUGCAUUGACAGUAAAGAUAGCAAAAGAUAUACUGAUACUUAUUUUUGUAAACAUUGUAGAUUAUUUAUCUCCUUUGGCCAAUAUUUGUUUAUUAUCCUCUUACUCACUGGAUACGUGGAGAAGGAUGGCUCCAUCAGCACUUUGGAAUUGUGGAUCAGUCUGGAAGUUUGACAAUACAUGCCUCCACAGGUAAUCCCUGGAGGGCUUAAUACAUGGAUAGUUAACCGUUUACACCCUAAUAUCAGUAUGCAUAUUCUCUAUUCUUUUCUCCAUAAAUUUCCUAAGGUGCUAAGUAGGAGGAUUUGUUGGACAAUCAAGAGCCUCUUUAGUUGGUGAUUAUCUCAUUUAUUCUUGUGACUCUAAUGUGUGAUUCAGGGAUGAUAUUGUAAUGAGAAAUUAGAUGCUGGUCACUGUUAAGGGUCAAAGGGUUGAUGAAAAAUCUGAUUUUUCUACUUUUGACAGGUUCCUCGGCACUUGUUUUCACUAAGGUCUUUAAUGGGGUUCAUGAAAACCAGACACACAAACAAGACCACAAGAAAGAGCAUGUGCACUUUUUAAAUGUAUACCUUCUAGCUGGGGGUCUGGUUACUUCUCUAGGAUGGUAAGCUUUCUUUUUGAGUUGAUUAUUUUUUAUCAUUUUGAUCAGCUUUGUAAAUUUGGAAUGAAUGUUUUAUUUUCUUAUCAAGACAGGUCUAUCAAUUGACAUGACAAAACUUUUUUGGUGUAAAUUUGGAUGUAGGGCUGUUAUGGGGGGAGGGGCUUGUUUUGGUUUGACUCUGUUAACUUCACUGUAUGUUGGAACUAUUUUUCUUGGCACAGCAUAGCAUGUAAUCAAAUCUCAUGUUAAUUCUACACUUGAACUGGUAGGUGGCUCACUAAUAUUGCCUCCUCCUCCUCCUUCUCCUCCUCCUCCUCCUCCACCUUAGGUGUGAUGCCAGUCCAGUUCAGGUCACUUCCUCCCCCCCCGACAUUUUCUCAGGCUUCUUUGACAGUUCAACAUUGUCCAUUUAUAUUCCUGAGUGGGAAGACACUUUUUGAAAAUAAAGUCACUAAGAGUUUUCUUUGUUGAUUUUUUUGCCAUUGUUACCCCUUGACACCUUAACAUCAGUAUGCAUAUUCUCCAUACUGUUCUGUUUACAUUGCCUAAGGUGCUGACAAGGAGAAUUUGUUAAAAGAUCAAGUGCUUCUUUAGUUGGGGAUUAUUUCCUUUAUUCUUAGGACUUAACUGUUUAAUUCAGGGGUGGUAAUGUAUGGAGAAACUAGAUGCUAGUCACUGUUAACUGUCAAAGGGUUUAUGACUUUUUUGCAUCCAUUUGUUUCAUUAGGUAUUGCACAAAUGUUGGAUCUGUGCAUAAAUUCAAUAGUGCUGCAAUACUUUCAUUGGUUAAUUCUGACCUCUCUGUCUGUGCAUCUUUAUUGAGCUGGUUGAUUGUGAUGUAUCUCACCAAAAGAAAUUACAGGAUGACUGAUCUUUUACAAGGCAUCAUAGUUGGUCUUGUAGGUAAGGUUCUUAAGAAGUGCAGAUCAAUGUCAGUAUUUGAGCAACUACACACCUACCCCUCCCCUGACCCAACCACAGUCAACUGAUAACAAGCUUGGGUUAAUUUUAAGUUAGGGGAGGGGUAGGUGCACACAUUCUUAGAUACUGACAGUGAUCAAUGUUCCACACCCCCCCAUACUUGUAAAAAGGUAAAGUCUGCACUUGAGCAAAGUGACCCAUCCAGCUGAAGUUUAUCAUUCUGUAGUUCCUUUAGCUUGAAGGAACUAGGAAUAUUGUAACUCCCCCCUGAAUGGGAUACUAGUCCAUCACAGGUUACCCAAAGGCAUUUUGUACCCUCUUGAAAUUCAUUUUUUUUUAAAAUUCCAUUCUUUUCUCCAAAAAUAUUGUUUGCCCUUUGAAAGGCACACCCCCUCAAAACUUAAGCUGCCUCUUUGUUCUCAAGGGUUAGUACCUGUUGUUUGGUCUUUUGAUGAGUCAUGAAUUUUUUUUCCUGUUGUUUUUACAGCUUUUUUUCUUGUUGUGUUUUAGGUGUGAGUGCAUCUUCUGGUUCAAUAGAACUGUGGGCUUCGAUGAUUAUUGGACUUAUUGUUGGUGUGAUAUCAUCAGUUGUUUCAUGGUCUGUACAGAAAUACCAACCUUUAUGGACCAGUAUGGGAAUGCAUGAUAUCACUUAUAUUCAUGGUGUUCCGGGCAUCCUCGGGGCAGUAACAGGUAAAACAUCUCAAAAAUAACUAUUAAAUCGUGUAGGUAUGAACUCUAUAAUGUUCAUUUACCAUAUUCACAUGAUAAUAAUGACAAAUGUUGAAUUUAUUUAGCUGGUCUGUUCACAAAAUCCUCAAAGGAUGUGGCAAGUGAAAAUGGUGCUUUCUAUUCCAAUGGUGCUCAACUGGGUGUUCAGUUGUUAGGUGUGGUCGUUACAACCACGUGGUCUGUACUAUGGACUUACUUAUUGAUUUGGCUCAUAAGAAUAACAGUGAGUACGAUUUUCUCUUCUUCUUUGCUUUAAUUGGUGGGUGGAAAAUCCUUCGAUACUGUUAAAUUUUUAAAAGGAGAUAUGUUGAUUGAGACAUCGCCGACUAUUGGCUGGGUGUCGGCCGACCACUGGCCGACUAUCAGUCGAUCAUGAGCCGAUUUUCCAUCGACCAUCGGCCGACUUAUCGACCAAUGUAAUGAUAUAACCUCGAUUUUGUUUCAGGUCGGACUGAACUCAGGUAACACAAACAAAAUGUUUGGCGCGUGUGAUACCGCGAAAAGUUUACCGUCAUCCGUGGUGAACAGUGAGAGGGAAGUGCUUCGCAAGAAACUCUUCAAGGUGGCUGCUAAAGGAGAUUUACAGGAAUUGGAUAACUUGCUUGUUCAGCAAGUGUCUUUUGGCGUACAAGACUUUGAUAAACGAACGCCACUGUGAGUAAAGCAAAAACUGAAUUUAAUGUUUCGCAAAUUAACGGAAAUAGUACUUUUCAACCAUUCUCCUGCUGAAGGAAAAAAAUAAACAAGCAGGAGAGACCCCAAAUUGUUUUUUGUACUUUUCAACCAUUCUCCUGCUGAAGGAAAAAAACAAACAAGCAGGAGAGACCCCAGAUUGUUUUCUGAUAUGAUUCCCAUGAUAUCAAUUGUUACUUUUCUUGUAAAAAAUAUUUGGAAAAUAAAUCUUUUUCGCGCGGUUUCAUGUUUCUGCUGGUGGAAUGUAUGCAAUUUUAAGAAAACUCCGGCGUUUGUCUUAUUUUGAUCUGCUAAAUUGUUUUGUAGUCACGUGGCCUGCAUGUGUGGUAAUCUCAACUGUGUAAAGUUCCUUCUUCGGCAGCCUGGUGUGGAUAUUCACGCAAGGGACCGCUGGAAAGCGUCACCGCUGUCUGGUAAACUACUUUUGAAAAACAGAAAGUGUAUAUUAUAGCUGACACUUGGGAGGGAAAGAAUUAGAACUAAUUAACUCUCGGGGAGUCAUUUCAAGUUGCCAAACAACAUUACAAAGCAACUUUAUCAGCACCUCAAAUUUAGGUUUUAUUGGUUUUACUGUAGAAUAUAAACAGUCUACAUUCUCUCGGUUUUACUUCAAUACGCUUUGUGCUGGGAGUAGCAAGUGACGGGUCAUUAUUUAUCGCCUGCGGGGGAGGGCCGAAUGAUUCUGGUUCUGUUUGUGUAAUUUUCUUAUGAUACCACUUCCUCCCUCUUCCCCCCCCCGUCCCCCCUUCACUAUUGAACUCUGUUGGCGACGACUGAUCCUCCUCGGUUCCCUCUGAAAAUCAUGUGAUAUGUGAUUCCCCAAAAUCUUCCGCCCACCCCCCACUUCGACGAAAAGCAAUGUCUGGUCCUUCUCUUGACUCGCGUUAUCUUCUUAGCCAAUCUGAUGCAAAAUGAUGGCGCCUAGGUUGUUUCGAAUUUUCCAGCGCUUCAGCACGGUUACUUGGUAAUUACUUGAUUGGUUUCUUGUGCUUGUGAUGAUUUCCUAUUAUUUGAUUGGCCAUUGAUCGCAGCUAGGGUAACGACCUUUAGGUAGCUAAUCUAUAACGGUGUGUUUUCAAUAACAGCGUGAUUUUUUACUCUUUCCUCUGCAUUUCUUCUACAGAAGCUGUACAAUUCGGUCAUGAUCAGGUGGUGCAGUGUCUGUUACGUCACGGAGCGGGAUGGUGUGAAGAUGGAGUCGGGGACUUGCUCUGCAGCGCUAUAGGUAUGGUUUGUUCUUACAUGAAGAGUUAUUUGGCAUCAGGCCUUUUCCGGAGCCGACAUAGGAGAAGGUUGAAGGAAGCUGCUGUAAGCAGAUUACCUUUGCCAAAUCGCAUGCCAUGAAAUGAUUCUUGUAGACCCUCAGAGACCACAAUUCUAUUCUGACAUAAAAAGACUAGGGGACUUAAAUGCAAGACAAAGAGUUGUAUGUAACCAUUAAAUUGCUCAAAGUGCGUCAAUUUUUCCUCUUUAAUUUUAAGUGAAAAACGAUGUGGAGGAGCUUCAACGCCUUGUGUCUCUUGGCGUGGAUGUGAAUGCGCCAAAUGAAGAGGGUAGCACUGCUCUUCAUGUUGCAGCUGCCGUUGGGAGUCGAGGAGUAGUACAGUACCUCACUGAUAACAAAGCUGAUAUCAACGCGGUUGACUCGCUUGGAAAUACGCCUUUGAAUGUGAGCGAUCUGUCUCAGUGAUUACCCUUAUUUAUUGCCCCCAAACAAAAAUGACAGGAACGAUCGCGGAUUGUUCCUCUCUGACAUUAUCCAUAAGUGUGGAGUAGAAGAAGGAUAAGCUGGCUUGAAUGCGCACGCGCUCAGGCGCUACUUCUUUUGCCGUCUUUGGGGGGGAUACGCUCAGGCGAAUUGACGUAGGGGACUGGGUGGAAUGGGGGUUAGGUUUUAGUGAGAGGGGUUUACCCCUCCCACUCCAAAUAACUGUUUUGUUACACGUUAAGUAUUGAGAUUUUUCAGGGUUGUCUUUUGAAACCUUUGCCAAUUGUCCACAUUUUUAAACGUCAUUAUUCGUCUCUGGGAUAUUCUUUCCCCUCUUGUAUUUUAAUGUUAUCUCUGAAGGCAAUCCUUAUUUUUGCAAACAUCUCUCAAUAUUGCAACGUAGCGCAGUAGAUCUCUGGUUAUACCUUUCACACCAAGGAGUCUGUGGGAUCCCAAGCAGAUUCUUCAGUGCUGUCAGACGAGCUAACAUAUUUUUACAUGAUAGUAAGAAUGAAGUUUUUGUGGAAACGAAGACAUUUUUUUUUUCGCUCUCAUAUUCCAGUAUUCCAAUAUGCACGAGCACCGCGCAGUUAGCCAGUUACUAGAGGGUUUGGGUGCCAGGCGAUUGUCACAUCAUUACAGUAUGCACGAAGUCUGUGAAGUGGCGAGCACAGGCAACCUGCAGAUGUUGAGGCACAUGGUUCAUAAUGGUGCUACGGUGUGUUACAGGGACUUCAACAAACGGACGCCGCUGUAAGUUUUUCAGUGAUACGGAUGUUAAUUUGAUCUCAUGCUGUUAAGGUUGUUGUGGCUUCUACAUCCAUGACAUUCAUUCUCUGUAUGAUAGACAGCACAAAAAGUCCUGAUCACUAAACUUCCAUGAAAAGACACAAAAGAGUGUUAAAUGUAAAGUAUAUUAGGCCAAAUGAAGUGAUUUGCGGAAGGUACAAAAUAAUACUCGCGGAGAAUCCAUCAGGACCGGGAGUACGCUUUUACAUGGAGGGGAGGGGUCCUACAGUUGUUUUAAUGGCCAUAAGAGGAAAUCGUAAGGUCCUUACUUCCCUUUCCCCACCUCCCCCCUUACCGUAGUACUGCGUAAACUCCAAUACAGCAAAGAUUUUCGGACAAAUUCCUCGUUAUAGCAAAAUGUGUCGGUAAUUCAGCCCCAACCUAAGUUUAAUGUAACUGUCGAUGUGAAGCCCUCAACGUAAGAUCAAGCGACAAUCAUCGGCAAGCAUGAUCGCUAUCACUUGCGCAUGUGCAAUUCAGCUUGAUUGGGUGAUUGUCAUUUAAGAGCUGGAAGUAACUUGUUGGAAAAAAAAUCAUCAAAAAGCAAUUUACUUUUGGGGAAGAAAGACUUGAGAUUCUGUGGCUAAAAACCUGUGACUGACAAUCUUUGACUGUAAAUCUGUUCUUAUUUAGUGUAACUAUGUACAUGACAAGUUUGGAGAUUGACUCUAAACAGCUGUACACCCAUAUCGAAGGUAUAAACAUCCAAUUAUGUUCGGUAGGUUGUGUUAUGCGAUAGUUACAUAUUCAUGCAUCGUUAAAGUUGAUUUUCUCUUUUUCUAAAGUCAUGUCAGUGCAGCUGAGGGUCAUUUGGAUGUGGUUAAAUUUCUUCUUUUACAACCAGGAAUAAACAUCAAUGCCAGAGACACAAACGAUUUUUCUCCUCUUCUUGGUAACGUAUUUAGUUUGUUCUAGCUUCUUUGGGUGAUUCUUAUUAAUUAGUUGCAUUUUUAAGAAGUUGGCGAUCUAACUUGUGUGUGAUCCGAGGGCGAAGUUCAGCCGGGGUGGCUUUAAGAUGUUCUGUUAACCUAACUUCACUUGUGUCCGAUCACACAGCGCAGGUCACGUGGCCAUGAUGGUCCAAUCCAAAUCACAAAGCACAAUGAGCCAAUCAAAACUCGCAGCAAGCGUGCAGUUCGCGAAAAGAGCGAAAAGUCGAGUGAAUCAGCAUUGAAAUUUAAAUCAAAUCGGAUUAUAGGGCAUGUUCCGUUUACUGCACGAAUCCUAUCGUUAUCUUUUACCAAUGCGAUUUUAGAUCUAAUGAUUGCCAAAACGUUUUGUAAUUUCCUUCCCUUUUAUCGUCAAAAUAUGACUUGAUUUUCUCUCCUCGUUUCCUCAACUUCCUCUCCAUCUAAAUCUGACGGUUUCCUUGGUUUGUCCCAAAUGAUAGUCGAUUUCAGGUUUUGACAUUUAAAAUUCCUUGGAAGUUUUCAUAAAUGAAUCAAGGGAAGAUUUUCUCUUUUUCGACCAACUUUUCUAGGCGAUCUGAAAAAACUUGGCCAAGGGAAUUGAAUUGAACAAUUUAGCACAACAUCCGCGCUUGUCACAACCAAUUAUGUGGUAAAUUAUUUGACAAGGUGUUUGACGUGAAUUUUUAUCAUCAAUGUAUGAACUUUCCACUUUGAUUCUGAUCUGUCGCGCACCAUACUGCCAAUGGAGGGUGGAAUAUAAAUAAGGAAAGCAAAAGUGAAAACUUGAGCGUGGAUCUGCGGGACGCCAUUAAAAAAAACUGUUCAACGAAAUUAUGAAAAAUAGGCAACCACGAUGAAGGCCUUUUUCCGCCCAUGCUAAAACUCUAAAGAACUUUCUCACACAAUUUAUAAAUAACUGUAAACAAAACACUUUACUCAUCACCUUUUCACCAACCAAUUAUGUGGUAACUUAUACGACAAGGUGUUUGACAUGAAUUUUUGUCAUCAAUGUAUAAAAUUUCCACUUUGAUUCUGAUCUGUUGCGCACCAUACUGCCAAUGGAACGUGGAAUACAGCUAGGGAAAGAAAAAGUGAAAACUUGAGCGUGUAUCUGCGGAACGCCAUUCAAAAAAACUAUUCAACGAAAUUAUGAAAAAUAGGCAACCACAAUUAAGGCCUUUUUCCGUCCAUGCUAAAACUCUUCGAAAAUUUCUCACAUUAUUUAUAAAUCACUGUAAACAUAACACUUUACUCAUCACCUGUUCACCCCAAAUCUGUUUCGGUUGUCUUCCAGACUGAAUUCUCGUAGAAAAAGCCCGAAAAGAUUAAUAUCACUGUGAUGAUAAAAAAACGGUUUAAAAAUAUUAGCUUUGCUCUAGAGAAAAAUAAUUUAAGAAAGUACCGUGGGGUUAUGCUUGCUUUCCGUUUCAUGAUGUGUGCCGUAGAUGUUACCAUGGGAUUCUCAUCAUCACGACAAUGUGCGAAUUAAAUUUACUGUUUCUAGUAUGCAUUUUAUGCGAACGGAAAAAGAAAAUGAAGGUAUCAAACGUGAGUGUAGUUACUAUUUGAGGGAUUGGUAGGACGUUGCGCACGAGUGGCAUUGGAAGCUUUAUAUGUGGAACCAAAAGUUACGUUAAAGGUCACUGAGGGACAGGGUGAUAAAUAGCGUACCUCAAUCUAUCGUAGUACAAUAGUUCAAUUCAAAGCUACGAAAUUCACUAAAACGACGUUAAAAUUAAUUCUUCAAUAGAACGGAAAUAGAGUUGUGUAUUCAAAAUUCAGGCGUUAAUUGGUAGGAUGUCUCAGUCACUUUGGUUCCAUCGCAUCUUCAACUCGCGGAAAAAAUUCUCUUGAAUCAAUAGUUUCGGCCCUCUGAAAAUACUCCCUUUUAGAUUUCCAAGUGUUACAUUUGAUAUUAUUGUAGGUAGGAUAUUUCAGUUAUGCUGAUCUCUUAAACGAGUGUCUAGGAAAGAGACUGUACCCAUAUCCUCUUUCUUGAAAACACUUUUUAAUGGGAACUUUGUUUGUCAGUCGUUCUUUCUCGCGAUACAUCAUUGACCUUUGUCAGUGUUCGGAUCGAGGAAAUUAAUCCCACGCGUAGAAAGUGAUAAAAAAUAGAGUAGUUUAAGAAGGUAGGAUAGAAGAGGAACUCGCUUAAAUGAACUUGGCUUCGACGGCUCCAGACACGGACUGGUUGAAGACCUACCCUGUGCUCGGUUAUGAUGUUGAAAGCAAAGCAGAGAACGACAAUUACAUUUGAACAAACUACCUUUCUGUGAGUUGGUUAUUCUUUAUUUCAACCUUUUUUUACCACUUUGCACCAUGAUGAUCAAUGAAAAUACAUCCCUUACCGCCAAUUCCGCACGCCUGGUGCCCACGGAGUAUUUCUGCCCAGUCGAACCAAUAUUUACUUGGAUUUUAACUGACGCGGCUACAUUUUCAGGCUCGAUCGUAAUCUCCGCUAUUGCUUGCCCAUUCACCAUUCUCUUAAACAUUCUUGUGGUCUAUGCAGUGAAGACUAGAAAAACAUUGCAGAAUAAUUCGAAUAUUUUGUUGUCCAGUUUAGCGGUGGCAGAUCUUUUGGUUGGGUUUAUCUCAUUUCCCUUGUCGAUCGCUCUAGAUGCGUUCCUUCUCCAGAGGAAGAUCGGCUUGUUUCUUUGCCGUAUAGCGCUUGCAAAUCAAAUGGUGCUGUACAUUUCUGCUUGUUGUUCUUUGUACCAUUUGACUGUGAUUGCAUGGGAAAGGUAUGUGGCGAUAAGAAAGUGGAAGGAUUAUAAAGUGAUCGUCACCACCAAGCGCGUCACCUGGUGUUUGGCAAUUUCUUGGGUGCUCUGCCUUCUGAAAACCGUACUGGUGCGUGUAUUAAUCGCGUCUGGUGUGAACUACAAGUACGUGCAAUUUGUGGACAUGAUCGUUUCCAUUCCCAUCAUGUUCGCCAUAGUUCUGAUCGGCUAUUUCUACUUAAUGGUUUACGUUGGUAUGCGCCAACGAAAACUAACUGACAUCCGUGGAGAUGCGGUGCGGGCUAAACUAAAGAUGGAAAAGCGCAUAGCCAUAACUGCAGCAACAUUAACUCUUGUUUUGCUUUUCUCGUACCUUCCAUCCACCGUCGUCAUUAUUGGAGGCAGGAAAGUGCCCUUCUUACGAACAAGCACGGUUUUCCGUUGGACGGAGUUGCUGACUCAGCUGAAUUCUCUUUUGAAUCCACUCCUGUAUUGCUUCGUACUCAACCGCCAAUUCAGAGGCGAGGUUGUGAAGAUGGUGAAGAGAUAUAGGGAAGACCAGAGGGAGCCACCCACUCCCAAGCAGAGUCGUCACAGCAGGCGACGCAUGGGUCAUGAAAAUAUGGAUGAUCUUCAAGAGGAGGAAGAAGCAAAACGAGAAGAGGACCCCCAGGUUAAGUCAGGAUCCUGUGGCUCGACUAUGGCUGAUGAAACGAGGUGCCAGGGACCUCGUGAAGCACUGCAAGUUACAUCUUCGUCAGGUUCGUCCACUGGCGCAGAAAAUAUCAUCACCUAUGUCGAUAUUCACCCACUUAAGUCUUUCAGUCGAAGACUGUUGGAGGGAAGUACAGACAAAUAUGCGCAAUCAAAGUGUUCCGUAAAUGACGACCGACACUCUCUCUACGAUGAAAAUGACGAUCGUGGAAAGUCGAUGAAGAUAACUCAAGAACAUAGGCAGUCACCAAAUCCCACACAAGAAUGUCUUGACCAGCAAAGUAUCGACAGUGAAAAUAGAAACGAUCCAAUCAUGGAGGAACUGGAAGAUGGAAUAGGAGAGAUCCUGGAGAAAAGAUCUUGUGCUUUGGUCAUAGUCCGCGAUGGUGGUUGUCUGGGACCUCGUGGAUCUUUGUCGUCCUCUUCGCUUUCCAGUGAAGGAAACUUCGUCAUCUGUGCCAAUACUCUACAGCCACAAGAAGAGGCCAAAGAGGAAAUCAACCAUUUUAAAUGUUCCCUUCCUGGUAGCUGCAACACUUUCCAGGAUGAAGAUGUUCUUUUGGAAAUUGUUGAAGGGAAGCAUGGUUCUCACGAAGGAGUGACGAAAUUACCCGAGGGAUCUGAACAGUCGGGAAACUACAAUACAGAGCACGAAGGAGUGACGAAAUUACCUGAGGGAUCUGAACAGUCGGGAAACUACAAUACAGAGCAAGAUGAUACUGAUGAAACUUGCUUUUAGAAUCGGCAGUGCGAAUUUCGCUAAAGCAAGGAAUAGACAUGAGGUGAACAGUAGUAUACUCUCUGAUUAAAAAAUGUUUUGUUGAGGUCAGUCAAUGUUUGGGUAUCACCGUGGGACCAAGUGUUUUUAUUCAGUGAUUCUUUUUCGAUUAUGGGUCCUUAACAAGAAUUCCGCUUCGUUCCGUAAUCCCAUUUUUAUUUUAGAUAAAUCAUUGUUGCUUAGAUCUUAGCACUUGCUCAAGUUGGGGUGAAGAAUUUGAUUCAGACUCUUGAAAAAGAGAAAGUAUCAUCGUUACGUGGGUACUCGAAUGGCCUUAACAAAAGCAACGAGAACACGUACUCAUUGGUACUGCAUGUAAGAAAUCUUAGCAAAGAGGCUUAUUAUCCAACUGAUUAUUUUUUAUUGAAUUUUUUUUGAAGUCUUAUAGAUCCCGCGGAGGAGUCCUAAUCAACAUUUUGCGAGCAAUUUUUCUAAAGUUUUGAGCAGCUGUGUAACACAAAUGAAUGAAAGCGGAACCGAUUAAAGAGGAAUGUACUUACUGAAUUUCAAAAGCACGGUUUUCUCUGCGCUUAAAAUUAUGUGAAAAUUAGUUUUACUUAAGCGCUCUGCGAGUUGCUUUAGCAAGUCACAAAUUGCCGUCUGGGCUACCAACGACAUGCAUUGAAUGCAAAAGGCGUAUGCAAAUUUUAAGAACUAACCAAAAAACAUAUGAAAAUAGUUUGCUAGAGGAAUAACAUUUUUCUCAUAGUUUUCAAAUGCUUUUCCCUCAGGUAAUUUCGUCACUCUUCCGUUUCUCCGGGGGAGGGUAAGGCUACCCAUAGGCAACUCAAAACGAGAAUGUAAGAAAAGCAAACGAAGCAAGAGAGAUUGACACGCAUGCGGACUAAAGGAAAAGCAUUUGAAUGAAAAUGUACAUAAAUUUAUCCAUAUUAAUGUCUUAUGCCAUGAACAUUAUAAAGAAUAUUAUGUUAGCUCGAAGUUAUAAGUGUUCAUUUCCAUUGGUGAGAGAAACAUUUUACAAACGAGCGCAACAAGAAUUGAGAAAUAUUUUGCUGGGUAUUACAAAGGGAAAAUGAACUUCCUUUCUUCGCGCUGUCGUGUAAUGAUAUAUUUUUUUUUUACGUGAUAUAGACACUAGUCUAAGUGGCUUGUGCAGUGGAAAAGUAUUUAUUAUUCUUAUGAGUGGCUUGAAAAUACGCGGCUUUGUUAGUACUGGUGUCCAAAUGAGCUGGGAUUGGCCAACCCUUUCAACAACCAAGAUCGUGGCCGCGCGAACAACUUCCCCAUAAGGGACCUGAUACUUGAUUGACAAAUCCCAGCGUUCAUUCAGACGCCAGUAUUAGCAAAGUCGCGUAUUAUUAGGGUCGUAAUGUUGUUGUAAUGUUGUUGAAGCUUCACCUUGGUGUUUUUUAAUUAUUUAAAGUAUCAUUAAAAUUUUGAAUAAUCGUGUAAUGUAUAUUACUACAGAAAGUCGUUCAGUUAAGAGAAAUGAAACCCAAAAGGAGAGGACGGCUCGAUAAUGAUUGGAUUGGCCAUCCUAGGUUCGAGGCCUCCUCUCUGCGCCUGGACCUCCCUUGCUUUGACCCUCAGAAAACGAAGCCAAGUAUUUCGAGGCUAUUUUCUCAUUCUUUACCAUCAAAUACUUUGCCAAUAUGCUAUAGCUUUGCCAAAAUGUUAUGGAUGGAGAGAGCUCUGAUGAGAGUAAACUGUCCUACAUGUCCUGAUAACUCGACCACAACAGUUCCAUUGAACCUGGACCAUUUGAUUGCGAAAGUAUCGCAGAAUUCUCGCGAGCAAACAAUCAGGCCGCAGUGUUUCCCCAAAGAAUUCACCCGCCAGUGCGCGUUGUGCCCUCGGUAUAAUGUACGUACCACUUAUUUCCACGCUUAACAACUUUUUUGCGUUUAUGCUUCGAGUUUUGAUUCUUUUAACGUGUUGACGGUCCGUGGUGUGAUUGGCCAGAUGUGCCCGCUUCGACAAUAGUCACAAGAAAACUGUGUCUCCUGUUUGCAUUGCUUGUUUGAACUGAUCAGCGUUAUAUUUAUGCAUCCGUGCAGACGCCAUCGUGAAUGGCCAUCAUGGGGUGGUGCAAUACUUGAAGGCAUGUGGAGGUACCAUAAGUGAAUGCAAGUUGGCCUCUCUGAUGACAAGCGCUGCCAGCACCGGUGAUACAAGGACCAUGAAACGUUUAAUAAGAUGGGCCGGUCACGUGAACGUGUCUGACUUUAACGGACAGACCGCGCUCCACAUGGCAGCGAUGUGCGGCAGGCUCAAUGUCGUUAAUUUGUUGCUGAAGGAAGGUGCAGGUCAGUUAUAAACGAUUUUUCAGCAAGAAUAGGGGGUGCACACGAACGUUGUAACUGUAAACUAGAAUUUAGAGGAAAGGAAUGAAACGAACUCAAAUCGUCUCAUCGUGGCACUUAAAGGCGGUGGAUUUUCUUACUUAACAAUAAAAUAAGCGUAUUUUUGCUUGGAAUGUUUACGUUGUGCCAUUUGAAGGGAUUUUGACGGAUGCUCAUCUUUGUGCACAGUAAAAUAAAAAGCCCACUAAAUUCAAACGGUCAAAUGUCAAAAAUGGCAAACUGUCACACCGUCUGUUUGGGUUCCCUGUGGUAAUAGAGAAUCGAGGCGGAACAAAGAUUGUUGAGAGUUGUGAAGAUUGAAACUUCUCGCGCAUGACGGACUUUCACGGUGCACAACCGUGAGGAGGCGUGAGCGGAUCAUGGUCGUAGUGACCAGCACCCGGAAUAAAGCAUCAGAUCAAACAGUUGUCGAGUUGAGCUACAUUAUGAAUAGUUGGAAAUCAGUUUCACCGAGUACUGAACACAAACUUCAGUCUUCGAAGAGAUCGAUUUAGUUGUUACUAAUUAAGGGGAAAAAGGACUAAAAGACAAAGGGGUGGUGAAAAUUCUGGCUGAAAUGAACUUGACGAAUUGAGACUUGUUUUUCUCUAAGAUGCACAAAUCCUACCGUAGCCAUACUAUUUUAUCCCUGUUUUACUUUCAGAUGCAACACUCGUCAAUCGUUAUGGGCAGAUUCCGUUGCAGGUAAGGCACCUUGGCCAUAGUGGUAUGGUUCCUUAAAUAAAUUUCAAUUAAACUCCUCGCCACAAAUAUCAUUUCAUUUUCGUUUUUUCAUCCGUUUCACACAGAUAGCAACAGCUAAUGGCCAUAAAGCGGUUGAAAAGGAACUUCGGAAACAACUUAAGGUACGAAAACCUCAAGAUACUGAGAGUGGUACCACCUUGUCCUGAUAGGGCUGGGCGUGGUUGUUAAAGAUAAAUUGUGUUCGGGUUUGAACGUCACCGGAAAGAUAGUGAACACUGUAAAAUCAGGGUAGACCAAUUUUCGGUUGAGUAUCGAAUAGACCAACGAUUACUGAUUGUGCUUUACAUCGCUCUGUGAUUGGUCCAUAAAACUCGCACUUCUCUUUCAACUAAUCAGAUGCGAAACUAAAAACCAGUCACGACGUGGUCACCCGCGUUUUCCCGCGCUCUAGGCAAUUUAGUUAUUUUUCGUUUGUGUUCUCAUUAGCUCCUAAAGGUGUUUUCCUUUCUCCUGAUUGGCUGUUGAGAUUUUUACGACACUUUUAAGUUGAAAAUCCUAUGGGUUUACAAUGGUUUUGCUGUACCUCUGUAGGUGAUUGGUCUACAAGACUCGUGUCACCCUCUCGACCAAUCAGAUGCAAAACUAAACCAAUCCAGAGAUGGUCAUGUUAGGGAGGUAUGUCAGUCCUGACUAUCAAAUGAUGGAAAGAGGUCGCGCUUCCAAAAGCAUUUUAUUGCAAGACUUUAGAAUCAAUCAAACUUAAAAUAAGCAACGCAGAGUUAAGCAUAGUGUUUUAUUUAUCUCAAUAGUGGCCAUGCGUUAUCAUUAUCAUUGAGCCUGACAGCUCUCCGACGAUUUUUUUAAAAUUGGUUUUAAUUCCUUUAUUCGCAGCUCACUGAAGAAAUUAUUCUCACCGACCAGGUUACCACAAUAACAUGCUACAGCCCUGAAGCAAGAAGGCGAGGAAGGAAAUCUAAACCUGAUCGGCCACAAUACAGUUACUCAAAGCGCCCGUCUCGGUCCUCAACAGAAAACUCCCUGGAACUCCUGCAGUAUUGCGAGCAUAGUGUUAAUAGUAUUCACACGUCUCGGGAACUAAUCAACCCGGCAAACGUACGGACACCGUUAGAAGGAAAUGACAUCUCGCAGUUACCAAUUCUAAAUGUAAAUACACACGCAAUUUCUGGUCUUACUGCACAAGCGCGAGAGAUGACAGGGGGACAGCCAGAUUAUGUUUGA